UUGUGCAACGUUAAAAUUCGAAAGUCGCUUUCUUUCAUCUCUGUUUUUUGAUUUGGUAUUUUUUAAUUUAGUUCCAGACUUCCGUUAUUUAAUGCAACGACUAACCUUUCUUCCUUUACACAAUCAAGUAGUGGAUACUCAAGAUUGAACUCAAAUUCACAUUAUUGUUUAACUCGAUAACUCGUCUCUGCACAGAUAUUCGAGGGUUUCUUCUUGAUUCUGUAAAUCUUUAUAUUUAAGAUACUACUUAGAUUUGAAGUUUUUUAUACUUUUGAUUCCAGGGUUUUUCUUAUCGUGUCUGGUUGCAUUGAAAAAUGGCCGUUUCGGCUUUCAAAUCAAACUCCAAGAGGGGGAACUUGGGAUCUUCUUCUUCCAAUAUCACAUCUUCUGCAAAAGAUUCAGAGUUGACCAAGAAAGUGCCUCCUCGUAGGUCCAGAAGCGUAAGUGCUGUGGUCAGAAAUUGCCAAGACGAGGAAAUAAGCACUGUUGAUUUUCUGAAUAAGAGAGAUAAUCCAUUGUUCUGCUGCAGCAGCACAUCACCACCAGAAGUGAUUGAAUCAGAAAACGCCAUUGGAAUCGCCAAAUUCAAUGAAAACGCAUCCAGAUUAGGUGAAGCAGCGAAGAAAUCAGUGGGUAGUGGUUGUGUUUCGGAUAGCAGAAGAGGGCGAUCAGUUACAAGGCAUGCUGAUUAUGGGAAUCAGUCUUUGGCUACUCGAGGGGUAGUGGGUCGAAGUCUGUCAAGGGUGGACACGGGAAGACGCGGGCGAUCUGUGUCAAAGGGCCAUUAUGGGAACUCCGAGAGUGAAGUUGAAAAAGAAACUAGUUUGUCUUCAGGUCUCAGAAAUAAGAAUAAUGUGAGAUUAGCUCCCAGCUUGGAGAAAAAAGCUGUUGUAACCACAUGUGCUUCUGAAUUAUCAGACCAGACGAGGAAUUUGCAAAGAUGGUCUAGUCAACAUCCUCUUCUGGAGCCUUCAGAUGGUUCAGUGACUUCGAAUUUGGAAGAUGAGAUUUCUACAGGUUCUUUUUCAGAAGCUGAAGAGAAAACCAUCGGAGCAGUAUUUGAACAGAUUAAGGUGCAGUCUUUCCAGACUGAUCAGCAGGCAGGUGAUUCUAGUACUGGUGGAAUAUAUGAAACAGUUCGAUCUGAACUAAGACGUGCAAUUUCUGAGAUUCAAAAUGACCUCGAAAAUGUGAUCCGAAGGAAUUGUACAACUAUUGGAGCAACCAAUGUUGUUGAUAUCCCACCUGAAUUGGUUAACCCAGAUGCAAUUGAACUAGUUUCUGACAUCAGAAAGGAAUAUGCCAGCAAGCUUGAGCAGUCCCAAGAACGAGCUAGGAAGCUUCAAGCAGAGCUGGCUAUUGAGGAGCACCGUGGACAAGAACUUAAUCGAAUUCUGAAGGAGAUACUUCCAGAUCCAAAGUCAUUGAAUACGCAGAAGCCUCAACCCAGAAGAAAAACCAGCAUUGAGCGUCGGAAAAUGUCCAAGCGUCUGACAGAAGAAGCCAUGAAUUAUUUUGAUGAGUGUGUAUCAAUAUCAACAUUUGAUAGUUCUGACUUCUCAUCUCCAGAGGACCCACCUCUCAAUUCUGUCGCUGCUACUUCCUCUGUUGGUGACAGUAGAUUCUUGCUGUCUGGAAAUUCAAGUGCCUCAACUUCCCAUUGUUCUAAUUUUCAACUCAAUUGUAACAAGGACUCAGAUGGUCAAGUUUUCUACACACCUUGCAAAGAGGGUAGUGUCUUAACAGCCGGCAGCUGCUAUAAAGACCCUGGUAAUGAUCAAAGAAGUCUAAUAGAAACUGAUGCUGAACAGGUAGGGAAUUUUCAAUUUUCUUUUUCACAUGAACCAAUGAAAACCAAAGGACUUUUCAAUGAGAUAAAAAGUUAUAUAAAGAAGUUCGAAAAAGAAACUGAAAACAAUGAGAGGGACUGUCAGACAAGAUUAAGCUCUUAUAAUGCAGAUGACUAUGAGUCACACUUCCUGGCUGAGAGCUUAUUGUUUGACAGGGUGAUCUUCAAGAACAGAAUACAGUCUGGUAGUCUGCUUCUCUGUGCUAGUGGUAUCGUAAUCUAAUUAUUGGGUUUCUGUGGAAGACCACUAUUUAAUACGAAUCCUUAAGGUUCUAAUCAUGGAGGGUUGAAAUACUGAAUGUAUAUUAUUACCAUCUUCAGUUGCUUGUAAUUUAAGAGAGAAUCCUCUUAAAGUACGAUUUAAAAUGUAAACAUCUGAAUGCUGGAUUUAUGAGCCAUGUUUGUUGAGUUUGGAGCAUGGGACAGAAUGAAGUUCUUCAUAGAAUAAUUACUGUGGUUAUCAUGUUA